CACACACACACACACACACACUCACUCUUUAGAAGCUCCUAUUAGGUUUAACAUGACAGCCUUGUCUCACUCCUGAUUCAAGAAGGAGGCAAGGACACAAACGCACUAUUCACAGCAGGAGCAGACAUACUGGAAACUGCCACUGUGUCACAUACAAAGAAGUCACUACAGAGAAAGUUCUGAUCUGGGACCAGUUGGAGGGACAAGAUGGGUUUGUGGACAGCCCUGAUUCUGGCCUUGCAGCUGCUAGUAAAACUGUGCUUACACGUGGAAGCCCAGGCUUUGGUCUAUGAUCUGCUCACCUCGCCCGAUUGCCUGCCAGACCUGCUGCAGGGGGGUCUGGCUGAGCAAGGGGUGAACGAGGCUUUCAUCCUAACCACCUUCAAGCUGCAGCCCAAGACCGGAACGACUGUGUUUGGCCUGUAUAACCCGAGGGACAACAGCAAAUACUUUGAGUUCACUGUGAUGGGGAAGCUCAACAGAGCUGUGUUACGCUACCUGCGGAGUGACAAGAGGAUGAGCUCAGUAACCUUCAACAAUCUGGUGCUGGCGGACGGCCAAAUACACCGACUGUUGUUCCACCUGAGGGGACUGCAGCAGCAGGGGCCAGGAGGGGUUGAGCUGCAUCUGGACUGCAGACUGGUGGAGACGAUCAGGGAUCUCCCUGCUGUGUUCCAGGGCUUGCCAGCAGGCUAUGGUAUGGUGGAGCUAAAGACCAUGCAAGCCAAAGACCAGGAGAGUUUAGACGAGCUCAAGCUGGUGGUCGGUGACUCCUUUGAGAAUGUUGCCUCAUUACAAGACUGCCAUUUCCAACAAAGAGACUCCGUUCAAACUCUGGGGGUCAACACGAAACAGCUGUCCAAUCAAAUGCUGGAGUUAACGAAGGUGAUAAAUGAGCUGAAAGACGUCCUCAUUCAGCAGGUCAAAGAGACCUCAUUUCUCAGAAACACCAUCUCAGAGUGUCAGGCCUGUGGUCUCGGUGGAACUGAGGUGGAGAAACCAAAGUGUGCCCCAGGUGUCUGUUUCCGUGACGAUAUGUGUAUAGAGACAGUGGAUGGUGUUGAGUGUGGACCCUGUCCUGAUGGAUACACUGGAGACGGUUUCAGCUGUGAUGAUGUGGAUGAGUGCCAGUUUAACCCCUGCUUCCCUGGAGUGAAGUGUGUGAACACGGCCCCAGGCUUCCGCUGUGAGGCCUGUCCUCUGGGCUACACCGGCCUGCCAGUGGAGGGUGUGGGUGUUUUGUUUGCCCAGAACAACAAACAGGUCUGUGAUGACAUUGACGAAUGCGAAGGACCCGACAACGGAGGCUGCACCGCAAACUCAGUUUGUCACAACUCUGUGGGCUCUUAUAACUGUGGCAGCUGUAAGUCAGGCUUCACAGGAGAUCAGGUGAAGGGAUGUAAGCCAGAGAUCAGCUGUACAAACAGCUUGACCAACCCCUGUGAUAUCAAUGCCCAGUGCAUUGUAGAGAGAGACGGAUCAGUCUUUUGUCAGUGUGGAAUUGGCUGGGCUGGUAACGGAUACCUGUGCGGGAAGGAUACCGACAUUGACGGAUACCCAGAUGAGAAGCUCAAGUGCAAGGAUCUGAACUGUAGAAAGGAUAAUUGCAUGUUCGUUCCUAACUCCGGUCAAGAGGAUGCCGACAAGGAUGGCUAUGGAGACGCCUGUGAUGACGAUGCAGAUGGUGAUGGUAUUCCAAAUGAGCAGGACAACUGCUGGUUAAAGCCCAACGUGGACCAGAAGAACAGUGAUAAGGACAGCCACGGCGAUGCCUGUGAUAACUGCCGCAUGGUGGAGAACCCUGACCAGAGGGACACUGACAGCGACGGCAAAGGAGACGCCUGUGAUGACGACAUGGAUGGAGAUGGCCUGAAGAACUUCCUGGACAACUGCCAGCGUGUCAAGAACAAAGACCAGCUGGACCGGGAUGGAGACGGAGUGGGAGACGCCUGCGACAGCUGCCCCGACAUCCCCAACCCAAACCAGUCUGAUGUUGAUAAUGACCUGGUCGGAGACUCCUGUGACACAAACCAAGACAGCGAUGGCGACGGUCACCAGGAUACCAAGGAUAAUUGCCCAUUCGUAAUCAAUAGCUCCCAGCUGGACACUGACAAAGACGGGCAGGGUGACGAGUGUGAUGAUGACGAUGACAAUGAUGGAAUCCCAGAUACAAUGCCACCAGGACCAGAUAACUGCCGGCUGGUACCAAACCCUGACCAGACUGAUGACAACAAUGAUGGAGUUGGAGAUGUGUGUGAGUCUGACUUUGAUCAGGACAAAGUGAUCGACAGGAUUGACAACUGCCCCGAGAACGCUGAGGUUACCUUGACUGACUUCAGGGCCUAUCAAACAGUUGUGCUGGACCCUGAGGGCGAUGCUCAGAUUGACCCCAACUGGGUUGUUUUGAACCAGGGAAUGGAAAUUGUUCAGACCAUGAAUAGUGACCCAGGACUUGCUGUUGGUUACACGGCUUUCAGUGGUGUGGACUUUGAGGGGACGUUUCACGUGAAUACAGUGACUGACGACGACUACGCCGGCUUCAUCUUUGGCUACCAGGAUUCAUCCUCCUUCUAUGUGGUGAUGUGGAAGCAGACUGAACAGACCUACUGGCAGGCAACACCGUUCAGAGCUGUGGCUGAGCCCGGCAUCCAGCUUAAGGCUGUGAAGUCAAGAUCGGGCCCCGGGGAGCAUUUGAGAAACUCAUUGUGGCACACCGGAGACACCACCGACCAGGUGCGUCUGUUGUGGAAGGAUCCAAGAAAUGUUGGCUGGAAGGACAAGGUGUCCUACCGUUGGUACCUGCAGCACCGCCCACAGGUUGGAUACAUCAGGGCUCGCUUUUAUGAGGGAACUGAGCUGGUGGCCGACUCUGGUGUGACCAUUGACACAACCAUGAGGGGAGGACGACUUGGCGUGUUCUGCUUCUCUCAAGAAAAUAUCAUCUGGUCUAAUCUGAAAUACCGUUGCAAUGACACCAUCCCUGAGGAUUUCCAGGAGUUCAGCACUCAGCAUGGUGUCGACUCACUCUAAAGUCAAGACCAAAAUAUGACACCAGAUCUCCAAAGAAUGUAUGACGGGGUGUGUGUAUGUAAGUGUGCGUGAGUGUGGGAGAGUGUGGGAUAUGUGUCUAUCUGUGUAUUGAUGUGUACAGUCUCUGUGCAUAUAUGACCACAAUCUUUGUACUGUAUGUGCAUAAUAUCAUGUCUGACUUUCCUUUUCCCAGACAUGUCCUCCUAUUUAGUCAACUCAUAAAGACUCCAGCUGAGCUUGUUGUGCUGAAUAUUGUAAGUUAUAAUGAAUUUUACCAAAUGUGACACAACACAAUGUGGCAUGAGGUGGCAUAGGAGGACAAACAUGUGACAUAACACAAUAUAACAUAACAUAUGGCUCAUAAUGGACAUUUUACAGUGACUUGAGUUCCACCAUUUCAUAUACUUUAAGCAAAGAAGGACCCAGUGGCUCCCAGUUUCCAAUAGGUAUAUUUACAUAUUCAUUUCUUUAAAUGUUUAUAAUAAAUCAUGAUAGAAACAGUACUUUGCUCCGAUUCUGCAGUUGAUAAGAAAGUUGUAGCUGAUGUAUAGUAUUAUAAUCAUGUCCAAAAACCUAUUUUGUGAUCAUUAAGGGGUUGUAUUGUGUCAACCGUUAAGCUUUUUGUUUAACUAUCAGCAUGAUAUUUUUUACUCCUUUUGUGGAGACGAUGAACAGACCUGAACAGACCUGAACAGACAGAGUUUGACCAAGACCAAGAUUGUGCCUUGCCUCUAGAUGAUUAACUUAAAUCUUGGUGUAACCUUGUUUUCAUCAUGUUUUCUAUCAUUCGGUUUUCAAGAUCUUGAUCAUUUCAUUUCUAUGUAGUCGUGAACUUGGUCAAAAUAAAGGGCUUUAAAAUAUA